AUGUCUACCUCAAAUUUAUUGAAUAAUUCCUUUGAUGAAAGCGACGAAGAGGACGACAAUUUCAAUCCCCAACCUGCGGAUCUUUCAGACAACGAAGAUGAAGGAAACAACACAACCAGCGCGCAAAGACAAAAUGAAGCUUCGCGUCAUCAAGUAGGCGAUGACGAUGGCUCCGAUGAUGAAGCAGCCCCCUCGAGUAAUAGAAAACACGGGUCGGGUGGUGCUCAAGACGACGAUGAAGACGAAGAUGAUGAAGGCGAGGGAGAAGACAUUGGUGGAGGUGCUAAUGAUGAUGACGAUGAGGAAGAAGAAGAAGAAGAGGAUGAUGAAGAGGAAAUUACGGGACAUCGCCGCAAGCGCCGCAGAGACCGUCGCAAUGUUUUCCUCGAUGUCGAAGCUGAAGUAGAUGAAGAUGAGGAUGAGAAUGAGGAUGACGAAGAUGAAUUGAACGAAAUGAAUCACACUUUCAUUGCAGACACACACCCGGAUGAUAUGGCAGACCUUCCAGAUGGUGGUGAGACAGAUGACAGGCGUCACCGAGAUUUAGAUAGAAGACGCGAAAUGGAGGCAAGUCUUGAUGCGGAAAAGCAAGCGGAAAUUCUACGACAACGAUAUGCGAACAAGGGUCGAUCAUCAAGAGGCACUGGAGACUCAGCGGUCGUUCCAAAGCGUCUUUUACUUCCUAGUGUUGACGAUCCUAGUAUUUGGGCUGUACGAUGUAAAGAAGGAAAAGAAAGAGAGGCCGUCUUCUCUAUUAUGAAGCGCAUAGAAGAGAGAGCUGGUACUAAAGAGGAACUUGCGAUCACUUGCGCUUUUGAACGUGGUGGAACGCAGUCUACAAUGAAGGGUUUUAUUUAUGUUGAAGCCCAGCGACAAGCCGACAUUUUGACUGCUAUGGAUGGCCUUAUGAAUGUCUACCCUCGAACUAAGAUGAUGCUGGUUGAGAUCAAGGAAAUGCCAGACCUUCUCAGAGUUACGAAGAGUCCAACUGUAGAGGUUGGAGCAUAUGUACGACUUAGGCGUCCAGUGAAAUAUGCGGGUGAUCUUGCGCAAGUGUUGGAAGUCACUGAUACUGGUCUCGAACUCCGUGUCAGAUAUGUACCUCGUCUCGACUAUGGUCUUCAUGAGGAUACUAGUGUAGGAGCGGAUGGAAAAAGAAAGCGCCCAGUAGCCGGACCACGUCCACCCCAAAGACUCUUCAGUGAAGCUGAAGCUAAAAAACGACAUGCAAAACAUCUGCAAGGUCGACCGGACACGAAAACAUGGAAUUACUUCAAUGAAGAAUAUAUCAAUGGAUAUUGCGAGAAGGAGGUUAAAAUCCAGGCGCUGAUCACUAAGGAUGUUAAUCCAACCCUCGAAGAAGUCACAAGAUUUGCUUCUGGUGCCGAAGAUGGAACCGAAAACUUGGAUUUAAAUGCUCUCGCUGCAAGCUUGAAAGCAAGCACAGCCAAUGCCUCUUAUUUACCGGGCGACGUCAUUGAGGUUUACGAAGGGGAACAAAAGGGUGUCGUUGGUAAAGCAGUUUCUGUCACUGGUGAUAUUGUCACAAUGGCUGUGUCCGAAGGAGCAUUAAGAGGUCAAACUAUCGAAAUUCCUAUCAAGGGUCUACGUAAGCGCUUCCGUGAGGGUGAUCACGUCAAAGUGAUUGGCGGCAGUAGAUUUAGAGAUGAAGUUGGUAUGGUCGUCAAGAUUAUUGAGGAUCGUGUCACUUUGUUGAGUGAUCAAAACAAUAAUGAAAUCACUGUUUUCAGCAAAGAUCUUCGGGAAGCAAGCGAUUCUGGUGGGAGUGGUGCGUUAGGAAAGUACGAGCUUUGGGAUUUAGUUCAACUAGACCCGUCUACUGUUGCUUGUAUCAUCAAAGUUGAUCGCGAAUCGCUUGUUGUUCUUGACCAGAAUGGAUCUAACAGGACCGUCAUUCCAUCUCAGAUAUCCAAUAAGCUCGAAAAGCGUAGGAACGCGGUGGCGACAGAUCGUAAUGGUGCUGAGAUCAAGAUGGAGGAUACCGUGAAAGAAUUUGGGGGAGAGGCUAGGUCUGGCAGAAUUCUACAUAUUCAUCGAGCCUAUCUCUUCUUGAAGAGUUCCGAACUGAGCGAGAAUGCUGGUAUAUUUGUGGCGCGAACUACCAGCGUCCAAAGUGUCUCUGCCAAGGGAGGACGCAUCACUGAAAAUGCGGCUUCGCCGGAUCUUAGCUCCAUGAACCCGGCAAUGAAGCUCAAUCCCAAGAGCAACGGCCAAAUGCUUCCACCUAAAUCAUUUGGUCGUGAUAAAUCUAUUGGUCAGACUGUUACAAUCCGCAAAGGCCCAUACAAGGGAUUACUCGGUAUUGUUAAAGAUACCACAGACACCCAUGCAAGAGUAGAAUUACAUACAAAGAGCAAGGUAAUCAGUGUGCCAAAAGACUGCCUUGGAUUCAAGGACAAGAUAAGUGGAGCAUCGGUAGAUCCAAAUGGUUUCAGAGGUGGUCCUGGUGGUGGUAGAGGAGGAGGAGCUCCAAGAGGUCGUGGUGGAUUCGGAGGUGCAACUCCUGGACCAGGUUGGGACUCUGGUGCUGGUGGACGAACACCAAUGCCAGGUGGUCUUCCUGAACGCACUCCAGCUUGGGGAAGAACUCCUCAUGGUGGUGCCCAAGGUGGAAGAACGCCUGCCUGGAAGUCUGGUCCCACUGAUGGUGGUCGAACACCUGGUUGGUCGAACGAUGGAUCUCGAACUGUUUAUGCCGCAAAUGAUGGUAGUCGGACAGCCUAUGGAGGUGGCAAUAGAACUCCUGCUUGGUCAUCCGGUGCCAAAACCCCAGCUUAUGGCUUAUCAGAUAACUAUGGAUCCAAAACUCCCGCGUAUGGCGGCAGUGGGAAUGCUGGUGAUGCAUGGGGUUCGAAGACUCCAGCCUAUCAACCAAAUAAUUCAAACGACAACUGGAACUCCGGCCAAUCCAAUAACAAUAAUUGGGGAACAGCCUACGAUGCUCCAACCCCUGGUGGUCCUUUAUCGGCACCUACACCAGCUGCUAUGAAUGCACCAACCCCAGGUGGAUAUUCUGCUCCCACACCAGCUGCAAUGAACGCUCCAACUCCCGGGGCUUAUUCGGCGCCAACACCAGCUCCAGGUUAUUGGGGUGCUCCUACACCUCAAGCUAUGGAUGCUCCUACACCUGGACCAGGAUAUUAUGCAGGUGCCCCUACACCGGGUGCCUAUGCUGCGGAUACUCCAGCAGGUAAUUGGCAGGAUGAUGGUCCUAGAUACGUGGAUUAAUGGUGAUAAGUUGCAUUUACUUGUGGGUUGGCAUGCAUGCGUCGGUGGUUCGGAGGAACUUUACUGAUUAAAAUGGAGCGAUGGAGUUUUCUUUUUUCUGAGGUUAUUUCUUGGGCAUGUUUGAACAGAAUGGUCACAAAGGGAAUCCCGUUUUUCGGGCAGAAAAGCGCGUAAAUGCAUGAGAUAUCAAGAUUUACAAAAUCAAAGCAAGAUUGUUCACAUGGAAUCUUCUCUCACACUUUCCCCCAUUAUUCGUCCUUCGCAUCAAUAUGAGCAUCUCAACUCCACUCUUUUAAUAAUCAAUGCCCAGUGUACAAUACUACCGCUCCGAGCAAUAAUCCAUGUAACCUCUUCAUCAUCUUUACAAUCACAACUACCUGUUUGAUAUUUAUAACUCACGAUGAGCUGUAAUGGUAGGUUGGUAAUUAAAGCAAUAUCUCGAAUAUAGUAAAUGGCGCUUAGUAGUUGAUAUAGAGAGACUUAUCACAGGUAGAGCAGAUAGAUUAUUGAUUGUCAUCUUCAGGGUGUAGAUGAUGGAAGAACUGUAUAUAUAGGAUAGCAGGAGUGAGGGAGGAAUGAGGAACGAGGAACGAGGAGGUUUGUAUGAUUGCGCACUAGUAAUCCUACGGCAUCCAAUUGAUCCUUGCGCAGUACUCAUCUUCCAAUAGUCUGUGAGAUUGCUUGGCUUGAGGAGAGACAGUGUUGGCUUCUCCACUGCCAUAUCGUGCUCAGUCAUGUUAUCUCGAUUGAUACGAACAUAUCAGGUUUUGUUGCACCUUUCGUGAUCGAUCGGGCUGCUCGUUUAGAUGGCGCCGGGAGAGAGCUGGAUGGAUUUGAGUUUGGGAUGGAGGACGAUAUGGCGUGGUGAGGUGGAGUUGGGAAGUGGAUAUAUGUAGUUAUUAUGUAUGUUAUAUGAUGUGAUCAUUACACUCGUGUGGCCAGAAAGUAUGCAAUUCCCAAACUUAAACUAGAUGUACGAUACAUGCCAAUGCCACAAGAUGAUAAACUGGUUUUAUCGCGGCAGCGUUGCAUACAGCACGGGUAUUUGUUGGGUUAGCGAUUCCGAUUGGGUUUGUUUUGAGGAGGAUAUGGCGCGCGUGGUGUGAUGGGUCGUGAGGUGUGGAGAACUCACUUGAAACAGAUGUAUAGUAUAUGUAUUCAUGUAUAUCUCAUAAAGUGAUCAAUAUAUUAUAUUUGUUAUCGCAUAUUCGAUGAUAAUAUUAG